UCCUCCUCCGCCCCGCCUCUUCAUACGCGCCUGUUUUCUCUCUCUCCCUCUCUUUCUCCCAGGAGCAGCCUUCCCUCUCGCCCGUCGCCUUCACCAUGUCCAAGGACACCGAUGACCAGUCUACCGGGCAGGAUGCCCCCGCCGAGCAGCAGUUCGUCUUUUCAGUGGUCGACAGCGAGGACGACAGCGGCAGCGACGCCGACGGCGCGGCGCCCGCUGGCGAUGAGGACUCCGACCCGGACGUCAUCGAGGAGGAUGCCGAGCAGGUCCUCGAGCGGUAUUUUGCCGGCUGCAACAACGAUAUCGAGCGCCUGGCCGUCAUCGACACGGUCCGCAAGUCGAUCAAAUCCUUCACGCAAAAUGACGACGAUUCGCUGGAGAGCUCGGAGCUCUUCAAGCGCCUGGCCUCCGACGUGCUGACCCUCCGGUCCAGCCUCGCCAUGGAGAUGGAUGACGACUUUGCCAACGACCACUUCACCUACGGUGUGGCCCUGUUCGAGGGGGCCGUGCGCAGCGUGGACCCCUUCCAGGCGUCGUCCUCCGGGGCUACCGCCAGCACCGCCGCCGCCAAGCCGGCCGCCAAGCCGGCCGCCGCCGCCACCGGUAACUCGGACGAGGCCGCCGACGAGGCGGACCCCGAGACACUGGACGACUUCGACGAGGCCUGGGAGAUGUUUGAGAUUGCCCGCCUUCAUUUCGAGAGCACUUCCAACCGCCUGGGCCUUGCGCGCGUCCACAACUACCUGGGGCAGAUCUACAUUGAUGACUCGGCCAACGCCGAGCUUGCCCUCGCGGAAUUCGACAAAAGCGCGUCCUUCCUUGACCGCGACAACCCGGAGCACGCGCGCCGCUUCGCCGAACUGGACUUCAACCGGCUGCGCGCGCACCUGCUCACCAACGACUUCCGCGGCGCGCGGCGGUGCCUGGACGAGGCCAUCGCCACGCUGCGGACGUCGGCCAACACGGCGACCACCGCCUCCAGCGACCUGGCCGACCUGAUCACCCUCAUGCAGGCCAAGCGCCGCGAAGUGGACGCCCUGGAGGCGGAGUACGGCAACAUGAAGCGCGUCGCGUCGGAGGCCUUCUCCGAUGUGGCGGCCGGUUUCGGGCUCGGGUCCUCCCGGGCAGCUGGCGCCAGCGCGCCCGGCCAGCCGGCCUCCGGUGCCGGUGCCAAGCGCAAUCCCUUCCCCGGGGUCUCGCCGGAUGCCCCGAUCUCCGACAUUCAGAGUGUCGUGCGCAAGAAGCGCAAGACCGACGAGUGAUGUCGAUCCGCCGCCGUCCGGCUUUUUGUCCCUCCCCCCCACCCCCCGCUUGCUCCCUGGCCCGGUUCCCCUCCUCCCUCCCUUUUUGCGGGGCGGUCUGGCUCCGAGCAGGACCCCGAGUGCGCGCAUCUACGCACAUACACCAGGGCAGGCGGGCUGUAGAUGCGAAGGGUAACAAUGUAUUGUAAAUACUCAAGGACAUGUGUGGUGCGUGUGUGUGUGUGUGAGGGAAGGGGGGGCUGCGCAGGGGGCGAAACAGCCGGGGGGUGCUCGGAAGGGAGCAAGAAUGAGAGGGAGAGGGAGAUGAGCAGAAGGAGGGCAUAUAUAUAUAUAUAUAUGCAAAGAUAGGUGUGUGCAUGUGCGUGUGUGUGUGUGUGUG